AUGUGAAUAGGAAGUUGUUUUUCUAAACAGCCUGACACUGAGGGGAGGCAGUGAGAUUAUAAGAAGUCCAGGUUGGGCGGAAGGCAGAAAACCAGCAGAGUCGCAGAGGAGAUGGCCAGCUGCCAAAAAGCCAUCUUGUAUCAGAGAUUCCGGAGAGUGGUCUUUGGAAUUGCCCGACUCCUUUGCUUCAGUGCCCUGAUCUCUGAACUAACAAACCAGAAAGAAGUGGCAGCAUGGACUUAUCAUUACAGCACAAAAGCAUACUCAUGGAAUACUUCCCGCAAAUACUGCCAGAAUCGCUACACAGACUUAGUGGCCAUCCAGAAUAAAAAGGAAAUUGAUUACCUCAAUGAGGUCCUACCCUACUACAGCACCUACUACUGGAUUGGGAUCCGAAAGAGCAAUAAGACAUGGACCUGGGUGGGAACCAAAAAGGCUCUCACUAAAGAGGCUGAGAACUGGGCUGAUAAUGAACCUAACAACAAAAGGAACAACGAGGACUGCGUGGAGAUCUACAUCAAGAGUCCGUCAGCCCCUGGCAAGUGGAAUGAUGAGCACUGCUUGAAGAAAAAGCACGCAUUGUGUUACACAGCCUCCUGCCAGGACAUGUCCUGCAGCAAACAAGGAGAGUGCCUCGAGACCAUCGGGAACUACACCUGCUCCUGUUACCCUGGAUUCUAUGGGCCAGAAUGUGAAUAUGUGACAGAGUGUGGAGAACUUGAGCUCCCUCAACACGUGCUUAUGAACUGCAGCCACCCUCUGGGAAACUUCUCUUUUAACUCGCAGUGCAGCUUCCACUGUGCUGACGGGUACCAAGUAAAUGGGCCCAGCAAGCUGGAAUGCUUGGCUUCUGGAAUCUGGACACAUAAGCCUCCGCAGUGUUUAGCUGCCCAGUGCCCACCCCUGAAGAUUCCUGAAAGAGGAAACAUGACCUGCCUUCAUUCUGCAAAAGCAUUCCAGCAUCAGUCUAGCUGCGGCUUCAGUUGUGAAGAGGGAUUUGCAUUAGUUGGACCAGAAGUGGUGCAAUGCACAGCCUCGGGGGUAUGGACAGCCCCAGCCCCAGUGUGUAAAGCUGUGCAGUGUCAGCACCUGGAAGCCCCCAGCAAAGGAACCAUGGACUGUAUUCAUCCACUCGCUGCUUUUGCAUAUGGCUCCAACUGUAAAUUUGAGUGCCAGCUCGGCUACAGAGUGAGGGGCUUGGACACGCUCCGUUGCAUUGGCUCUGGACACUGGUCUGCACCCUUGCCAACCUGUGAGGCUAUUUCGUGUGAGCCGCUGGAGAGUCCUGUCCACGGAAGCAUGGAUUGCUCUCCAUCCUUGAGAGCGUUUCAGUAUGAUACCAACUGUAGCUUCCGCUGUGCUGAAGGUUUCAUGCUGAGAGGAGCUGAUAUAGUUCGGUGUGAUAACUUGGGACAGUGGACAGCGCCAGCCCCAGUCUGUCAAGCUUUGCAGUGCCAGGAUCUCCCAGUUCCAAAUGAGGCUCAGGUGAACUGCUCCCACCCCUUUGGUGCCUUUAGGUACCAGUCAGUCUGCAGCUUCACCUGCAAUGAAGACUUACUCUUGGUGGGAGCGAGUGUGCUACAGUGCUUGGCUACUGGAAACUGGAAUUCUGUUCCUCCAGAAUGCCAAGCCAUUCCCUGCACACCUUUGCUAAGCCCUCAGAAUGGAACAAUGACCUGUGUCCAGCCUCUUGGAAGUUCCAGUUAUAAAUCCACCUGUCACUUCAUCUGUGAUGAGGGAUUUUCUUUGUCUGGACCAGAAAGAUUGGAUUGUACUCGAUCGGGACGCUGGACAGACUCCCCACCAACGUGUGAAGCCAUCAAGUGCCCAGAACUCUUCGCCCCAGAGCAGGGCAGCCUGGAUUGUUCUGACACUCAUGGAGAAUUCAAUGUUGGCUCCACCUGCCAUUUCUCUUGUAACAAGGGCUUUAAGCUGGAGGGGCCCAAUAAUGUGAAAUGCACAACUUCUGGAAGAUGGUCAGCUACUCCACCAGCCUGCAAAGGCAUAGCAUCACUUCCUAGUCCAGGGGUGCAAUGCCCAGCCCUCACCACACCUGGGCAGGGAACCAUGCACUGUAGGCAUCAUCCGGGAACCUUUGGUUUUAAUACCACUUGUUACUUUGGCUGCAACGCUGGAUUCACACUCAUAGGAGACCGCAUUCUCAGCUGCAGACCUUCAGGACAAUGGACAGCAGUAACUCCAACAUGCAGAGCUGUGAAAUGCCCAGAACUACAUGUUAAUAAGCCAAUAGUGAUGAACUGCUCCAACCUCUGGGGAAACUUCAGUUAUGGAUCAAUCUGCUCUUUCCAUUGUCUAGAGGGCCAGUUACUUAAUGGCUCAGCACAAACAGCAUGCCAGGAGAAUGGCCACUGGUCAACUACCGUGCCAACCUGCCAAGCAGGACCACUGACUAUUCAGGAAGCCCUGACUUACUUUGGUGGAGCGGUGGCUUCUACAACAGGUCUGAUAAUGGGUGGGACGCUCCUGGCUUUGCUAAGAAAGCGUUUCAGACAAAAAGAUGAUGGGAAAUGCCCCUUGAAUCCUCACAGCCACCUAGGAACAUAUGGAGUUUUUACAAAUGCUGCAUUUGACCCGAGUUCUUAAGAGACCUGUCCUUUUCCUGGUCACCUCAUUCAGCUCCAUAUGAUCCUGUUGUGAACAUCAAGUUUCCUGCUAGACUUGACUUAACUAUAAUGCAUUUGCUGCAGUUUUCCAUAAACACCUGUGAAUCAAAGACAUGGAAUUAUCUUAGAUUAGCUCUGGACCAGCCUGUUGGACCAGCUCUGGACCAACCCUGUUUCCUGAGUUUGGGAUUGUGGUACAAUCUCAAAUUCUCAACCUACCACCCCUUCCUGCCCCACCCCUUCUCUUCCUGUAAUACAAGCCACAGAAGCCAGGAGCAAAUGUUUCUGCAGUAGUCUCCGUGCUUUGACUCACCUGUCACUUGAACUGCCAGUGAACCAAAGAGACUGGAGCAUCUGACUCACAAGAAGACCAGACUGUGGAGAAACAAAAAUACCUCUUUAUUUUUUGAUUGAAGGAAGGCUUUCUCUACUUUGUUGGAAAGCAGGUGGCAUCUCUAACGGGAAGCAAUUCCUGUAGCAUCUUCUGGAGUCUCCAGUGGUUGCUGUUGAUGAGGCCUCUUGGACCUCUGCUCUGAGGCUUCCAGAGAGCCCUCUGGAUGGCACCAGAGGCUGCAGAAGGCCAAGAAUCAAGCCAGGAGGAUACAUGUCACUGUGGACCUUCCUGCCACCAGCCACUGUCCCUCAAAGGACCCAAAGACCAAUAUUCAAAUGUAUAAUUAAAAGAAUUUUCCCCAAAUGCCAUGUUCCUCUAUUGGAUGGUUCGUUCAGUAAGGUCUGUGUAUAUCACAUUGUUUGCCAUCAGUGUAAUAACACAUAAUUAUGGUUGUCCUAUUUACACCUCAACCAUUCAGUCAGCCAGCAAAUUUGUGUCACACACCCUCCACUCCAAGAGAAAAUCAGAGAAAUGGAAAAAUUCUUCAUCACCUGAAUGUUUUACAGGGAAGAACAAAUGUAUUUUACAUGUUCUUCAAAUCCCAUGUUUAAUAAAUAGGUCAUUGAAAGUUAUACAGUGUUUAUCUGGAACUAAUGUUAAAAAAAAAUAGAGAGCCAAACAUUA